CUUAUUCCAUGUUUCUGUGCUGUUCCCCCUCAGGCACGCACACAUAAGGAAACCUUACUGUAGUCGCGGGAGCGCGCUGGAGUUGGUAUUGGUAGUAUGAUGGGAAGUUGAGCGCAGGAUGAAGGAAUGGUGGAUUCAGGUGGGCCUUCUUGCUGUUCCUCUCCUUGCUGUGUAUCUGAACAUUCCUCCUCCUAACCUCUCCCCUGCACUCUUCGCAUGGAGAUCAACUGGAGCAUUCUUCACCUUCAAUGAGCAGCAGAUUUUCUAUAGAGAAUCAUGGGGAGCAGUGGGCAGCUCAGAUGUGGUCAUUCUCUUACAUGGAUUUCCAACCUCAAGCUAUGACUGGUACAAGAUCUGGGAAGGGUUAACUGAGCGGUUUCACAGAGUCAUUGCACUGGAUUUUAUAGGAUUUGGUUUCAGUGACAAACCGAGGUUCCACCGCUAUUCAAUUUUUGAGCAGGCCAGUAUUGUAGAAGCACUUAUCACCCACCUGGGCCUAAUUGAUCAAAAAAUAAACGUAUUGUCUCACGAUUAUGGCGAUACUGUAGCCCAGGAACUACUGUAUAGGUAUAAUAACAGAAAAAAAGGACACCUUAACAUUGACAGCCUUUGUCUUUCCAAUGGAGGUAUUUUUCCAGAGACUCAUCACCCCAGACUAAUACAAAAGCUGCUGAAAGAUGGUGGUAUUUUUUCGCCAAUUCUUACUAGGCUGAUGAACUUCCUUUUCUUCAGCAAAGGGAUCGGUGAGGUAUUUGGUCCAUACACACAACCCUCAGAGGCUGAAUACUGGGACAUGUGGACAGCACUGAGGAUCAAUGAUGGCAAUCUGGUUGUAGACAGUAUUUUGCAGUAUAUAAACCAGCGUAGAAAGCACAGGGAACGCUGGGUGGAAGCCCUGACCAACUCCUCAGUCCCUUUGCACAUUAUAUAUGGACCACUGGACCCAGUUAAUCCCCAUCCUGAGUUCAUGGAGCAGUACAAAAAACUGAUACCAAAGUCGACCUUCACUAUUCUGGAUGACCAUAUCAGUCACUACCCCCAACUGGAGGAUCCUACUGGCUUCUUAAAUGCCUAUCUAAGCUUUAUCCAUUCAUUCUGAGGGCUCUUCCGUUCCAGAUCUGAAAAUUUUAACUGGUUAAAAAGAAAUCUGAAUAUGUUCUUGUAUUUGGAAUGCAAACAAAGCGUGUGUAACGACAUUUUGUUUUUGAAGAAAAUUUAAAUAAAAACCUUUUAAUAAUGAA